AUGUCUACACCUACUCCUACCUGCUCAAGUCCGCUAGUAUCGAGGAUAUCACCAACAAACAGUGGAAUGAGGACUCACGUUAUCUCCAAAAAUGGCAUCGAAUACUAUAUCAUCCAAAAGACAAGACAGCGUCUGGAGCUCAUGAAACAGCUGCCCGUGGCCACCUGCUGUGAGCUCAAACUGCGGGAGCUCGAAGCAAAGCAGAAGGAACGCCAGAAGUGGAUGAAGGAGAACCCUGGACUGCCUUGGCCCGUGGCUAAACGCCUUCACGGGCUGCGGGAGAUCCAGGAAGCGCUUGCGACGGGACUGGGCCGGUAUCCGAAGGAGUCCAGUGAUGGGGACAAGGCCAAGCACGGAUCAUGUAUCGAGUAG